AUGGAAGGACUCCCACAAGAACUCAUCGAUAAAAUCUCCAGCUAUCUACCCAGGCGAGACUUGUGCAAUGUCCUUACCCUAACUGGUAAGUUUCGCUUUGCUGCUGAGAGGCACUGCGGAGCUUUUUCCAAAUUCACUAUCAACGAAAACAACUCGGUCGACUUCCUUGCGCGCUUCUCUAGUCAUCGGCUUCUCUACCUGAAGGAAGUGAUAUUCCGGCCAACCUUCCCAACGCUGUGUGGUCCACGCGACAAUGAAGAUGACAGUAGCGACGACGACCAAGUCCUGUGUCGAGAGCCUGCUCAUGAGGUGUAUGAGAGGGAUGAGUCUUUUACACAACAGAUACAGUUCCUCUUCCACAUUCUUCAACUAGUCGAGAAGCAAGCCGGUGAAAAGCAUGCCCCAGGCAGAUAUCGUCUGUCACUUUACAGUCCAAUCAGAACAGUACGUGCCAAAAACGCAUGUCCCCAUCGCUAUCGAACUAGCUGGCGUGUUCGGCUACUGGAAGCCGAGCUAUCUCCAGUCGCGUCUAUCCGGUCGUUCAAAAUCUACAAUAACUACGGCAACGAAUCAUUCGCUCCUUAUCUCCAUAUGGACAGAUCUGGUAAACAAGAGUUCAAGCUCGACUUGCGCGUUCUCAUUGAUCUAGCGAUCAGAAUGCCUAAUCUUGAAUAUCUGAGCUUCCGAACUGGAGGAUACGAAUGGUGCGAAUCGUUCGAUCCAGAGAUGAAUACAUGCAUCGAGCACUAUGAGCACGACUGGGCAGGACCUCGUCGAGAUGCUCGACACGACUUUGCAGAUGCUAUCAUCCGCAGUCUCGAUAAGAUACCAAAAACGCUAAGGCAUGCCUCGCUUGAUUUCCUGAGCCCUUUGCUUCGUGCAACUGAUAUACAUCAUGGCAAACCAUUGCCUGAUCUAGUCGGUCACUUGACAUACGAUCCAUUCACUUCGAGUCUUGGUAUGCUAUGCAACAAUCUUCGCCACCUGCAACUACGAGCGAUGAUCGACGAGUCUCUUCUUUUGGCACCGUCAGAAAGCUUGACAGAGUUACAUGUCUCUUGGCCACACUUGGAAAUACUUGACAUCAUGUUUCACAACGCACGCCCUGAUGGAACCUGGUACUUCUCAGGGCCGGCAGGGCAAGGCCAUGUUUCACGUGGAUAUCCGGUGACCAGUGCCUCCUAUCCUCCUUAUGCACCCACAGAGCUCGAUGAAGAUAUGGAUUACGACUUCCUCGACGCUCCUGAUCCGCGUACGGCAUUCAAUAAGCAGUUUCGCGUCGCCCCUACUGCUAAUCUCACCCCACUUCUUGAAUCCUUUGCCAAGGCAGCAAUAAAUAUGCCGGCACUCAAGGAAGCUGCUAUAUGGUCCCCUUUAAAAUGGUCCGGUAAAGGUUUCAUAGGCAACGAUAUUGAUUACUGGUCUAAAAUAGAGGGCGAAGACGACAAGAUGCUAUAUAGUCCGGAGUCUCUAGCCUGGGGUAUCAAAUACGCAGAGCCGGGACGACAUACAGAUUCCAGGUCCUGUCGUCGACUCCAGUGGGUAGUCGGUGAUUGGCAUCCUGAUGGAGAGCUGCGGAGCUUAUUUCAGGCGAUAGGGUACGCAAAACACGGUGGAGAGCUUGAAGAGGUCUGGACUGAAGGCCUCGCUUAUGAUGGGGGAAGGAUGUCGGGAAUCGGCCACCGGGGUGAGUUUAAAAGGAUAAAGGCGUAG